AUGAUGUGGUGUGUGCAGUUAUUUUCAUUUGACUACUCGGCGAUACAUUUCUACAUCAGAGAAACUGCUAUCGUCGUCAUCGACACUGUUGCAAAGAACACGAUGGCCGAUAUACCUCCAGGUUAUGCAGUACUCUCCCGAGUUGAUUACAAAAAUACAGUUUUCAACCAAUUUGUAUGUCCUAUCGAGGAAAUAGCAACAUACAAAGGUUUGAAGGCUGCGGUUCUUUUUUUUCUGGCCGAAGGGCACGAUAGGCUUCUUGGACCCCGAAGAUUUCCAAAUCAUGACACCAGGAGGGUAUAUAGUGCACGCUAA